AUGCCUAGCUCGUGCAAAGAACUCCGCGAGGCCCUCGCCCAGUGCCUCCAGGAAUCCGACUGCGUCAUGGUCCAGCGCAACACGGCCGCCGACUGCCUCCGCCCGCCCCUCGUCCACGAGCUCCCGACAAAGUGCCAGCAGCUCAAGAAGGGCUUCGGCGAGUGCAAGCGCGGCAUGGUCGACAUGCGCAAGCGCUUCCGCGGCAACAUGCCCGUCGCCUACAAGACCAUGGCCGACGCCGAGGACGGCAAGGGGUACCAGCUGUACGCCGGCCGUCCUGCCUUUGCCGGCGGCCGCGGCCAGACGGACGGCAACGAGCCGGCGCCCAAGGACUGGAGGGAGGUCGAGAACGAAGAGUACAGGAGGCAGCAGCUCGCCGAGCAGCUCAAAUCUGGGAGGUAG